AUGAAAGGCAGGAGCCUGGGGAAUACUGGGGAACAGAGGCACCUUGGUGUGCAGGUCCAGGGAUCUCUGAAGGUGGCAGCACAGAUGUUGGAGAUGCAAGGAAUGGGGCCUGCUGAAUGGAAUGUGGCACCAACAGACAACACGACAUCAGGCCCUGAUGUGCAACCAAAGCCACAAGAUGACCACAUGUUCACCGUGAGAGGGGCACCAGGGUCAAAAGGACCUCCAGGGCCACCUGGACCUCCAGGGCCACCUGGACUUCCUGGGGAAUCUGGGCCACGGGGACCUCCUGGACCACAAGGCAGCCCAGGAAGCUUUGGAGCACCAGGUAUGAAAGGAGAUCCAGGGGACAGGGGUCAACCUGGCCUGAGAGGAGAGGGUGGUUUCAAAGGUCUACCAGGAGAACCGGGACGAAAAGGAGAACCUGGUGACAAAGGAGCAGAGGGACAAGGGCUCCAUCUGCUUCAGGAGACUUUGAAGACGUUAGCGGAGAGAGUUUUGACAUUGGAACUUAUGAAUGGCAUCCACGGUUCUGCCACGCCACUGGAGUCUGGAUCUGGAUCUGAAGCACUCUUUCCAAACAUCCUGAUCAAGAGGAAAGGAGAGUAGGUCCAUACACUCUCUGCCCUGCUGUCAGGCCAGGGAUGGAAAGAGAGAAGGGCAGGCAGCAGGGAGAGCCCGGGAACAGGCCAAGCUAAUGGAUUUCAGGCCCUCAGGGAUGCCACAUUGAUUAGCCUGGCCUGGGACCAUAGAAGCUCCAUAAAAACUGAUGCAAAAUACCAAAACACAGCAGAUGCUGGAAAUCUGUAAUGAAAACAGAAGACGUUAGCAACAUUUAAUGGGCCAGUCCUCAUCUAUUAAGGGAACAAAUGAGUUCAGGUCAAGUAUAGGAUCUUAGUGUAGAUGGGCAAAACGGUCAGCAUGGACGC